GAAAUCCAUGGAAUGAUUGCCAUUCAAUUCUCGCUUAAUCUUAUCUGCAUCAUGUCUCUUAUUCAAGAACUCGCCCACCUUAAAAUUCCAAUUGAAGACAUCAAAUUGGCGACAAACAACUUUUCCGAUGAUAAUUUCAUCGGUGAGGGUGGAUUUGGGAGGGUGUACAAGGGCCAACUGGGCGACUCCACCUCUGCCACCACCUCCGGCAGGACAGCCACCACAGUCGCUGUAAAACGGUUAGAUGUGAAAGGCGGUCAAGGACAACACGAGUUCCUGAUGGAGAUCGUCAUGCUCUCUAGUUACAAACACGAUAAUCUCGUCUCUCUUGUUGGAUUCUGUGAGGAAGGUGAAGAGAAGAUCAUUGUUUAUGAGCAUGAGGUUCGUGGAAGCCUGGAUAAUUAUCUAGCCACAGAUUAUCUUACAUGGGUGCAACGGCUUCAGAUAUGUCUUGGUGCUGCUCGAGGACUGAAUUAUCUACAUAGCGGCGUUGGAGAGGGUCACAGGGUGUUACAUCGUGAUAUAAAGAGUUCCAACGUUUUGUUGGAUCAGAAUUGGGAAGCUAAGAUUUCCGAUUUUGGGUUGUCUAAAAUCGGCCCUAUGAAUCAGGAUAUCACUUUUCUUGUAACGAAAUUAGCUGGCACAUUCGGCUACGUUGAUCCACUGUAUGUAGCCACCGGGGUACUUACAAAAGAAUCCGACGUUUAUUCUUUUGGUGUGGUGCUCUUUGAAGUCUUAUGUGGAAGGCGAGCAAUGAUCGGAAAAUAUGACGAAGAGCAACGGUUUUUAUCUCACUUGGUCAAACAUCGUUAUGAAGAGGGAAAACUAGACGAAAUCAUUUUUCCCAGUAUCCGGAAACAAAUUAAACCAAAUUCGUUGCAGACAUUCUCCAGAAUUGCUUAUCAAUGCCUGAACAUAGAUCGGAAGCGACGUCCGACGAUGGCAGUGAUCAUCGAACAACUACAAAUCUCUUUGGAAUUACAGAUUAGUUGCAGGAGAAUUACUCGGAUCGGAUUAUGGGGAUCGAGAACGGGUGGAGAUCCAUGGUCGUUCCUGCUUGAUAGCAAUCAAAAGCUUAGGAAGAUAACGAUAGCUCACAAGCAGUGGAUUUAUGAAAUUGGUUUUACGACUGAAGAUUUUAGUGGUUCGUUAGAUUCUUCUCAACAUUAUGGCAAAGCCCGCAGGGGUCUCACAAUAUCGAAGGUUGAUUUUGAUGUUGACGAAGAAAUAAUUGGGAUUGAUGGAACCGUUGGAGAGAACAUGGGAAUGCAUUCAACUCUUACACUAAUCUCAUCGUUGUGUUUUAUAACAAACAAAAAGAAGAAUGGGCCUUUUGGUCCAGAGGUGGGGACUCGUUUUUCUGUACCUUGGGAUUUAGGUUCCUUUGCGGGGUUUUUUGGUCGUUCUGGCCUUUAUAUAGAUGGACUGGGUAUUUAUUUGAAGUCUACCCAAUGAAACACCUUUUACUUAUAUGGCAUAUAUAUAUCAUAUAUUCAUAUAUGAACGAUUAUUGUUGUAAAUUGGUAAUCUUUUGUAAAAAUAUUUUGUAACAAUAUCUUGUAAAUCCUUAAUUUUUUUAUAUUUUUCUUUUACUUCAACUUUAUUUUGUAGUGUUAGAAUAUCUUGAGC